AUGUCUCAGGCAACAAACUCACAAGACGACGUGCACGCUAUCACUAGCGAUCCCUUGUUAUCGAGAUACCGUAUCGGCUGCGCGCUGAUGGCCACUCUCCCCAGAUCGCUCCUGGAGAGAGAUCCACACGGCUACGGUCCCUGGAUCAGGAAGCUCGAGGCGCCACGCACGGACGAGAAAGCAAACUUGUUGGGACGAGAGGUCGGAGAUCUCACGGAAGUCAUCUGGAAGAAGAUCAGAUACAUGCACGAGAACGACGUGCUGGGACCGAAUGACGGCAAGCGGAAUGGUGAGGAGGCCCUGAAGUGUUCGGAGAGGAUGGAGGUGAUGAUGGAAAUUUUCCUGCACGAUAAGAAUGUUUGUCAGGCGCUUGUGGAGUGUGAUGAGAAGAAGUUGGAGGAUUUCGUUGCGCGGCCUAGUGUGGAGGCUGCUGCGUUGGGAGGUGCGGCGAAGUGGGAUAUACCAGAAGAGGGCCCAGAAGGCGAGAAGACCGAGGAGGAAAAGACGAAGAAGGAGAGGAUGAUGGAGGAGGAGAAGGUCGAGGAGGGAAUGAUCGAGGAGGGAAAGAAGUGA